AUGAAGCUUUUCAAAAUAUCAGUUCCCAUGGUUGUUAAAGGUGCAAAAAGGUGCCAUUCAGGUGUGCAAGGUGCAUCAAGUGCAAAAAGGUGCCAUUUAGGCACAAGGUGCAUCAAGGUGCACCCAAAUGGCCUUGACCUAGGUCAGGCGAAGUGCCUUCCUCAGUUGGAAGAGUUUCGUAAGAAGAAGGCAGCUGACCGAGCUAAAAAGGCUGUAUCAACAACUCAACUUCAUCCUGCUCAUGUAGAUCAGCAUGAUAAGCAACAAUUAGAUGAUCAACGUGUUAGAGUUACUGAUUUGAAUGGAGCUGCUACAUCCAAUGGUAUUAGAGAGGAUGCUUUUGAAAUCUCACAAGUGACUAUUAAUAAUGAAGACCAAGUGACAGAGUUUAUUCUGGAAAAUGACAAAGGUUCUUAUAACACACAUGCUAAUCCAUCCUUGAAUACAAAUUAUUACAAUUCAGUUUCUGCAGACUCAGAACAGGCACCUGCAAAGGAUCUAGAACAUGAUAGGCACAAUACUUUGCACUCUGCUGGGUCUAUAAAUGUCAGUUACGGCCAGCCAGAAGACAAGAGUUAUAUCUCUGGCAUUUCUAAUGGAGCCUUAGGGAGGUAUUUAUAUGGAGUUGCAACUGACCAAGCUACUGCUUUUCACCCACAAAUGGUGUCUGGAAUUAAUGACAAUUCUGGCCAACCUAAUCCUUAUGUGUUGGAGGAAGCCAGUUCAAAAGAUAGUAGUCAUCAUGCAAAAGAUUUUGCUGUCACAAGUCCUGCUGCUGAUAUUGCAAAUUUCUCUUCUCAGAAUUCUGGUAGUCCUCAAAUGCAAAAUAAGUUUGGCUAUACCAGCCUGCAAAAUAGUGGAGUGUCUUUCUUAUAUUCAGGGGAAAGAAAGCUGAGCAAUUCCUUGGGUCAUUCUCCCAGUGGUGAUGGCACUUCAUUUUGGCGAUCUGGAUCUCAAUCCACUGCUUUUGGUUUUGAUGCCCAAAAUUCAUCUAAUCGUGUGCCUUUUGAUCCAGCUGUGGUUGACACUAAACCAAGAAGAUCUCGUCCAUCCUUCCUUGAUUCAAUUAAUGUUGAAAGAGUUCCAUUUUCUGAACCAGAGCAACCCGAGUUAUUUGGUUCAAAAGUUCAUGGCAUGGAUUUUGUAAGAUCAUCUGCUUCUGAUAAGUCAUCUUUUGAGGCUGAAAGGAUACAACCUUCCUCAAAGAUAACAUUGUCAGAUAUACCUAGUUCAUUUGAGCAUUCUGUGAAUUCAUCAGUUGUUGGAAAUGGGCCUGAUGUUGACAGGAGAACUGUUCAUGAAAGCAGCAUGGAGAUGAAAAUUGGCUCUUACUCACGAAAACUGGAUGAAGAUUUUGCUGCUUUGGAACAGCAUAUUGAAGAUUUGACACAAGAAAAAUUCUCGUUGCAGCGAGCUCUUGAGGCUUCAAGAGCUUUGGCUGAGUCUUUAGCUUCUGAAAAUUCAUCGCUGACAGAUAGUUAUAAUCAACAGGGAAGUGUUGUAAACCAACUCAAAUCUGAUAUGGAAAAGUUACAGGAGGAAAUUAAGGGCCAACUGGCUGAAAUGGAGUCUGUAAAAAUGGAAUAUGCAAAUGCUCAGUUAGAAUGUAAUGCAGCUGACGAACGUGCUAAGUUGUUGGCUUCUGAAGUUAUUGGCUUAGAAGAGAAGGCACUCAGAUUAAGGUCUAAUGAACUGAAACUGGAGAGGCAAUUGGAGAACUUGCAAGCAGAAAUUACUUCAUACAAAGAUGCAACAGGGCUGCCAGUAGAGCCUUUAGCUGCCAAAUACUAG